AUGUUUCUUAAAGAAAGGCUGUUUCUCUCCGAAGCAUUGGUGGCAGUAAUCGUCGGAAUAAUAGCAGGUCCCUUAGUGACUAAUGGAUUUAACCCUUAUAGUUGGGAAUACCAUGAUGAAAUCACAAAACAACUGACUCGAUGUAUUAUUGCUAUUCAGGUUAUGGCUGUUGGAAUUGAAUUACCAAAGCAUUAUUUAAAGAAAGAAUGGUUAACAAUGGCUAUGCUAUUAAUACCUGUCAUGAUGUUUAUGUGGCUCAUUAGCGCACUUGUUAUUUCAGCUUGUAUCUGUCCCACAGAUCCUAUUCUAGCAAACUCAGUUGUCAAAGGAAGGUUUGCAGAAAAACAUGUACCAACCCAUAUUCGAAAUGCAUUGUCUGCAGAAAGUGGGGCCAAUGAUGGCAUGGGGUUUCCCUUUUUAUUUUUAGCCAUUUUCUUGAUUGCAGAAGAUAGUGUAGGCACAGCGAUUGGUAAAUGGAUCUAUAUCACUUGUUUAUUUCAAAUUGCUCUUUCUUGUGUGAUUGGUGUGAUUGUAGGUUAUGUGGCUAGAAAAGUACUCCAAUGGUCUGAGAGAAAUCAUUUGAUCGAUAAACCGUCUUUUCUUGCAUUUGCCAUUGCACUGUCUUUAUUUUUGAUGAGCAUGACUGGUUUCUCUGGCAGUGAUGAUCUCUUGGCUUGUUUUGCUGCUGGCAAUGCAUUCUCUUGGGAUGAUUGGUUUCGCCAUGAGACAGAAGAAGCUCAUUUUCAAGAAGUGAUCGAUAUGAUGUUGAAUUUAGCUAUUUUUGUUUAUAUUGGUGCUAUUAUCCCAUGGUCUGAAUUUAGUAAUGAAGCCUUGGGUCUAUCUACUUGGCGGUUAGUUGUGAUUGCUGUCUUGGUCUUGUUCUUUAGACGAUUGCCUAUUGUUGUUUUACUAAAACCAGUCAUGCCUGCGAUGAAAACAUAUCGUGAAGCCAUCUUUAGUGGCUGGUUUGGACCCAUGGGUGUCGGUGCUGUCUUUUUAUCGAUCAUUGCCAAAGAAGAAUUGGAGGUGGCCUAUGAAGGCAAGCCUACGCCUGUGUCUAUUCAAGUCAUCAGUCCUGUUGUCCUGUUUAUUGUGUUUUGUUCUGUGAUUGUGCAUGGUACAACGAUUCCUUUAUUUAAGCUAGGCAAACGUAUUCGAACUCGAACAUUAUCCAUCACAAGCAUCAGCAGUAACCAAGUCUUG